GUCGGCCAUAGCCCAUAUUUCUAGAUAUGCUAGAAUACUAGACGUGUAAAAGUCGUAGUAACGUCGUGAAAUCGUUUCGUGUUUUUUUUUAUGUUUGUUAUUUGUUUUCGUAUUGUAUUGUGCAUGUGAAUAUUAAGUGUUUGUGUGUGCUUUGUUGAAUAUUGUUUCAUUGUAACAUAAGAUAUGGACAGAAGGUAACGCAGGAUGCUGCUAUGGGUGGUGGUGGCCACCGUCGCGCUGGCGGCGACAAACGCCCAGAUGGACUUGCUGGACAUGCUCAGCGACUGGGGUGGUCCUGACGAAGGCUGCAGGGAGGAGAUAGGAGUCGGGGUGGUCAUACUGAGCUGUACGCUACCCAGCGGGAAUCUGACCGUCCGCGUCGACAGGUCCGCCAGCUACUUGGAGAUCAUUUGUGAGAAGAACAGUACGCUAGUUUGCGACGAACUCCAAGAUGCGAAGCCCUUCAUUGACAAAUAUAUAGAUACAAGCAGAAGAAAUAAAAAUCUUAACUUCCUAUACAUAAACACAUGUAAUCUGCCCCACGAAAGUCUAGCCUAG